AUGUCGGACGAGCUAGCUUCCACACUUGCUUCCUUUCAGGAGUUCAUGGCCGGAGUCAGUAGACGCUUGGAUCAGAUAGAGAGUUCUCGCCAGGAUCCUCAUCCGACUGGCAUGGUCACUGACGAGACGAUUCCUCAUGCAUCUCAGACAGCACAGACUCGUCCACCUGGGGUUUCACUUGGUACUCCAUUCCAUCUGGCAGAUCAUUAUGAGACCAUUCCACCACCUACUGUCACAGUGCCACCUCCCAUGGUUCCCACUAUUGAGGAUACUCGUUUAGCCGAGCAGGAGGCCAAGGUUGAGAGGCUUGAGUCCAUGAUGAGACGGAUCAGAUUGCAGGACGGAGGUUUGACUUGGGAUGACAGAGACGGCAUACCGGCGGCUAGCUUGCCCGCCAAGUUUCGCAUGCCAGACAUCGAGCGUUACAGUGGGAUUGGUUGUCCCAAGAUCCACUUGAGACUGUUCAGCACGGUCAUGAGGGCACAUGGUAUCGAUGAUGCGCAGUUGGUGGCCCUCUUCCCUAUGUCACUUAGUGGAGCAGCUCAGAGGUGGUUUGCUUCGGUUGAGCCUUCGAGACUCCGCACCUGGGAGGAUGUGGCUCAUGAGUUUCUGACUCAGUUUGCUUUCAGUGCUGAUAUUGACGUAUCUAGACGAGAGUUGGAGGCCACCAGGCAGAGGCCAGACGAGUCUAUUUCUUCCUUUCCGAGGUUCGCGAGACGUCUUGUGGGCGUCCCAUUUCAGGACCUCAAGAGUCUGGUUCAGGCAGCUUUCAGUGUUGAGGAGGCCAUCGCUCGAGGAUUAUGGACGGAUGUUACUCCUUCCCCUGACAGUAAGGGGAAGAAGCCGAUUGGAUCAUUUGGUAGAUCUGGAGAGGUUGGCGCUAUUAGCUAUCAGUAUCGGAGGCCCGCACAUCACUCGUCUUACAGACCUCCUCCAGUCAGAGCUCCUUUCUCUUUUCCACAGUAUCAGUAUCAGCUGGAUUAUGCUCAGGAGCCUUACAUUGCUCAGACUAGCAUGCAGCCGCGACCACCACAUCCGAGAGCCGCUAUUCACCCACCGCCUAGACCUUUUGCACAGAGGCCCGCGAGACAGUUCACUCCGUUGGGCAUGACUUUGACUAGAGCUUUUGAGAAGCUCAGGGACGCUGGAGUGAUUGUUCCUUUGGUGCCGAGGCCUUUGCCCCAUCCUAUUCCUCCUCAUUUCCGUUCACAUGAGCACUGCUUGUAUCAUCAGAUUCCGGGGCACGAUACUGAGCGUUGUUCAGCACUUCAUCAUGCGAUACAGGAUUUGAUCGAUUCAGGGUUGGUCAACUUGGCUGGGCCAAGUAUGAAGUAUGACAUCAGGGAUUUCGGUAGGCAAGAGGGUGAAUUUCGUGACCUCAUUGUUGAAACUGACCAACCGAGGCUAGUUAGUCCUGUUAUCACCUCUUCAUCCACUGAUAGCGACUGGGCAGUUGCGUCAAGUCGGGCUGCCAAGAUCUAG